AUCUCGCCUUCCCUGCUCACAAACAAACACGAGAGAUUGGAAAGAUGCCUCAGAGAGACAGGAGUGGGAGCGACCGUCAUCCUUUGGAAACCACAGCCAUUGGAUACUUACAGAAUGGGAAACACAAGUAUAACAUGUUCUCAGUACUCUGGUCCGACCGGAAUGAAAUCCUUAUCUAUCGCACAUUUGAAGAUUUCAAGAAACUCAGUCGGGAACUAAGAAAAAAAUUUCCACUUGAGUCAGGACUCUUCCGCAAGUCAGAUAAUUUCAUUCCCAAGCUGAAAGAUGUUCCAGUAUUCAGAAGGAAUAGGAAUUCAAGUCGUUUCAUCGAAAGGCUCAGACUGCUGGAGAAAUAUUCUCAGGAGCUUCUCAAAUCUGAUCAAAAGAUCUCCCAGUGCGAAAAUGUUGUGAAAUUCUUCACUCCCAAGAGCCAUGAUCUUAAUCCAACCUUUCAUGAAAAUAGCUUGGUUAUCAUGCCCUCAGAGACAAGGAUACCAAAGAAAGAGAUCCCAAGACCACCUGCGGAGCCCCCAUGCCCUGGGCCGAUUAUAUCUCAACAAUACGUGUGUAUAGAAGACUACGAGACUAAAGACACAAAGAACAGAGCCUUCAAUGUGAAACGCAAUGAGCUUCUGGGAGUUCUGGUGAAGGAAAGCUCAGGAUGGUGGUUGGUAGAAAACGAGGAGAAACGGGUGGCUUGGUUUCCUGCUCCGUAUCUCAAAGAUCUUGAAAACAAUGAGGCCGCAAACUCAACAACGGAUUCUGACUAUGACGGAAUCCUUUAUUAUGCAGCAAAAGGUUAUGAAUCCAUGAGCUCCGAUGAGUUGUCCAUCGUUAUUGGGGUUCUAGUAGAAGUCAUUGAGAAGACAAAUAACGGAUGGUGGUUGGUAAGGUAUAAUGGAAAAGCUGGAUAUGUCCCAUCAAUGUACCUGAAACCAUACAGUAACUACCAACAACUUCAAACUAUGAUCAAACACGGCAAAUUAAAUUCGACUCCAAACUUAUUUAAAGCAAGUAGUUCCUUAGCCUUGAACACAUCAGAUGGGAACUGGAGAUCUGAAGAUCCUGGAGUGAAGCCCAGCAGAAAUAAUGCCAUGAAAUUAGACAGAAAGAAAUCUAGAUCUCUGAAUGGCUUCUCUUCAAACAUGCAACGUGAAUUAGCCAAUUCUCCAUCAAGGUAUGGAAAGAUUUCAACAACCACUAGCACAGACUGGAAACCAAAACCUAAUCAAGGGAAGGGCAUCCAGGUUCAGGAACAAGAGACAAGGCCAGAGAUUGUGUAUGGAAACUAUAUUAUCGCCACACCGAAGAAGCCUGUAACAGAGGACCUUACCAGCAGAAUGCCUGAUGUUCCUUCUACUGAUCCUGGUCUAAGACCUCCUCGGGUUCCAAAACGGCCUAAGCCACACGAAAUUCUACAAAAAUGCACUACAGUAACCAAGAAUGCUCUGCGGGAGUCACCUUAACACAGACUAUACCAGAUGAACAUAUUGCCAUCAAGAGACUGACAAACUUUUAUUUAUUUGAUAUUUAUUCUGAUAGCAUUCUAGACAGUAACCAAGUGCAGUUCUUCCAUAGCACAUCCAGAGCCGCAACAUGACUUUACUUCUGACCUUGGCGGCAGAAUAUGAAAUGUCUGGUGGCACUGUAGUAGACAGGUCAUUGUGUCAAGCGGUCAGA